CGGACGUACCCAGGCGUCCCGGACCAGUAAGCGGCGACCGGAGGAUCAAAAGCACUGCUGCUCCGUGGAGUCCACGCCCCCUUCCUCCGCUCCGCCGACAGCCUCUGCGCAGAGAAGCGUCUGUGGUUUCUGGAGAGCAGCACCUAGCACCACUACUGGGCUUCUGCUUCUGCCGGAGGUCCGGCCCAGGUUGGCGAAGACACGGUUUCCUGGUGAGUCAGCCUCCUCUCCCCUAGGCAACCCACACCCGGAGGGUCCGAAGAUGCUGAGAUCAAUGUGGAAUUUUCUGAAACGUCACAAAAAGAAAUGCAUCUUCCUGGGCACAGUUCUUGGAGGAGUAUAUAUCCUUGGAAAAUAUGGGCAGAAAAAAAUUAGAGAAAUACAAGAAAGAGAAGCUGCAGAAUACAUUGCCCAAGCUCGGCGACAGUACCAUUUUGAAAGUAACCAGAGGACUUGCAACAUGACAGUACUGUCCAUGCUGCCAACGCUAAGAGAGGCCUUAAUGCAGCAACUCAAUUCCGAGAGUCUGACAGCUUUGUUGAAAAACAGACCUUCAAACAAGCUGGAAAUAUGGGAGGACCUAAAGAUAAUAAGUUUCACAAGAAGCAUUGUAGCUGUGUAUAGCACGUGUAUGCUGGUGGUUCUUUUGCGAGUCCAGCUAAACAUAAUUGGUGGAUAUAUUUACCUGGAUAAUGCAACCGUUGGCAAAAAUGGCACUACAGUCCUUGCUCCCCCAGAUGUACAGCAACAGUAUUUGUCAAGUAUUCAGCACCUCCUUGGAGAUGGCCUAACAGAGUUGGUCACUGUCAUUAAACAAGCUGUACAGAAGAUUUUAGGAAGUGUUUCUCUUAAGCAGUCAUUGUCCCUUUUGGAUUUGGAGGAAAAACUGAAAGAAAUCAGAAUUCUUGUGGAGCAGCCUAGGUCUCCUUCUUGGAUUGAUAAAGAUGGAUCCAAGUCUUCCCUGUGCCAAUACAUGAUGCCAGAUGAAGAAACACCGUUAGCAGCUCAGGCCUGUGGGCUUUCUCCAAGAGAUAUUACCACUAUUAAACUUCUCAAUGAGACAAGAGACAUGUUGGAAAGUCCAGAUUUUAGUACAGUUUUGAAUACCUGUUUAAACAGAGGCUUCAGUCGGCUUCUAGACAACAUGGCAGAAUUCUUUCGGCCCACUGAACAGGACCUGCAAUAUGGUAACUCCAUAAAUAGUCUGUCCAGUGUCAGCCUGCCUUUAGCUAAGAUAAUUCCCAUAGUAAACGGACAGAUCCACUCAGUUUGCAGUGAAACGCCUAGUCAUUUCGUGCAGGUACGCAGGAAGCUGGGAAUAUUGAAAACAAGCUCUGUUCAUGCUGUGCUGUUUCCAACACAAAAGUACAUUCCUGCUGGGAUAAUUUGCUGAAAACAGAAGCUUGCAACCAUAUUCAGAGAGGUAGCGUGCUGCAAAGAGGAGCAGAGCUUGACGACAGCAAAUCCACAGCAAUACCUUCCCCACACCUCUGACCCGUUAGACUGCGCUGUGGUGCAAAUGGCCUGAUCUAUGUAACAUUAUGCUCUGCAUUAACAAUGCAGUUCUUCAGUUGGAAAGAAACUGAAAAAAUGUGGCAGAAUAAGAUGUUCUCAUCUAACAAAACAGCUGUUAAUUAUUGAAUAAUAGUCUGUUCACUAAAACAUAAUCGCAAGGUAUAUGAAGUUUCUGCCAGACUACUUACAGCUCCAUUCCUCUCUUCAGAAUUUAUUUGGGAAAGCAUUUUAUUGAAAGGAUGGCUUUGAACCCAUGUACUGUUUUCAGUCAUUGACAACCUUGGGGACUGUGCUGUAAGUUUCGAGUGUUUUACAAAGUGCUGCAGUAAAGCUCCAUGCAGAGUCUGAGGCCUGCAUGCACAUGUGAUGUCUGUUAGUGUCAUGGUCGGAAACAGUUUCUAUGUAGACUUUGCCCUCUUGGCACAGUGCAGAGUGCCCCUGCUUAAGGACUGAGCUUCUUCCUGGCCUGUCCAGUCAUUAGCCCAUUCUUUACAUCCAGGUGGCCCUGCCCUGUUCUCUCUAGUCAUGCCUCCCACCCCUAAGAGCUGGCCAUUCACACUGCAGAAGAAACAGUAAAGGAGGCUGAUGGCAUGUCCCUGAACCAUAAGGCUCACAGUUUUUCUGCUUCUGCCAACAUCUCUAGAAUGACCUAUAGACAUCCAUUCUGACAAAUUCUUGAGAAAUAAAACAGAGUAUAAUAUAUAAUACAGCAACCACAUACUUUACAUUUUAAUCAGUUAUACAUUUAAGCCUGAUAAUCAAAAUAAAAAAGUAAGUUUUGUUGUUUGCAUUUGUAGUCAUGAUUCUGAAUAAGGGUCCACAAGUGCCACCAAACUGCAUAUGGAUCCAUGAUAGUGAAGGUUGUAGCCCCUUUGAGCCUGAGGGAUGCAGGCUAUGAGCCUGACCCAUGUUCUCUCAUGACAUGCUCAGCCUCAGCUCUUCAGUCCAGCUGCUCAAAGGGAGGCGCUUUCAAUCAGUGCUGCUUCAGGAUUUAGAGACGAGACGUCAGGAGGCCAAGAAGUUGAGGGGGAAGUUUAUUUGAUUCCUAGGGAACUGGAAAACUCAACCCACAUAGCAUCAAUUGCAAGAUAAAAAGUCCCUGAGUUUAGGGCACAUAGUCUUUGUGUGCAUGUUCUUGUUGACCCCAGGUAGAGUAAAUCUGUGCUUUUGAAUUAAGGAGUACACUGCAGGAAAAGGAAAGAAAACAGGACCAUCAUUCAUAUGAAGGCCAAGUCAGGUAAUCACUCCCGCAUGCAAAUGGUUCCAGAGCAGUUAGAACAGAUGUUUUGUUUUUUUGUUUUUGCAUAGAAUACCAAGCCAAUCGGGUAUAGAAGCAGAUUGAAUGCAUAAAAUCAUGAAUGGUAGCAGGCAGUUCCAUGUUGACACUAAAAGCAUGAAUUAGUAACCAUCGGCUUUGUUUAGUGAAGGUGUGUUGGGUUUUGCAGGGUAGAUUCCAUUUAAUGGUAGAUGUAGUUUUUUGUUUAUUUUUGUGAGUAGUUUAGGAUGCAUUCAAAUGUGUAAGUCUCCUCUGUUAGUCUCCAGAGUCCCUGGAAUUUCAGGAUGUGUCACUGUGCCCUGCUUAUGUGUUGGUUUUUAGUUAUGGAAAAGCUCAAAGCUUGAGACAUAUGUACUUUUCAUUUACACAUUAAAAUAAUAUAAGCAUCAGCAAGGUGUAGUGAUGCACAUCUAUAAUCUUAGAACUCAGGCUGAGGCGGGAGUGCCAAUUCAAGGCCAGUCUGGACUGUGCAGCAAGACUCUGUUUCAAAAGCCAAGCAAGAAUAUCCUAGUACUUGAGUACUGAGUAUUUUACACCUGUAAGAGGUCCAUAGAUGUUCCAAACAAGCACAGACAGGAAAAGAUGCUACCAUUUUACUUCCUAUCAUUUUAAAGGAAAACACUUACCUAGUUUUCAAAAUACACUUAAAAUUAAGUUUAGGAGAGAGCAGUGUUUCCUCUUUCUAAAUUAAAUGGCAAGAUGUAAUGGAAAUUCUAAUAACAUUCACAAGUGCAAUAGGAAAUUUUAAAAGAGUCUGGUUUAUAUUGAAUACAAAUUCCCUUUUUUCAUUUAAUACUGAUGUAGUUUGAGGCCUGUGGUCCUCUUUAAAAGAAACACGACAUUUCAGUUGAUUAAAAUAAAAGGUAACUUCCUCCCACAGCUUUACAGUCACCAUCAGGAAGGUGAGGACCUUUGCUAUAAAGUGGAUGUGCAUGGUUCCUGUAUAUGUUUAUAUAAAAUCUACAUAUACUACAUAUUUAACAAUCAGUUGCUAUAUUUCUAGAAAUAAGAAGCUAAACAGUAUUUCCUGUGGGUUAGUUAAGAAAAGCAUCCCUUUCCUUAGUUUCUUCUCAUUCUUAAGUACACAAAGCUUCAAGAUAGAUGCAUUGCUUGUCGAAAUGUUCAUGUCUUACUAACUGUACUGUUACCAUUUUUGCUAGGAUCUUUUGAUGAUGGAGCAAGUAAAAGACUUUGCUGCUAACGUGUACGAAGCUUUUAGUACCCCCCA